AUGUCCAUUUCGGAGUUUGAAAAGCAAAGACAGGCGAAUAUUGCCCGAAACAAGGAGCUUUUAAGGAAGCUCAACUUGACGGAAUUAGCCAACGAGUUUGGGAAAUCAGAUAACAACAUAAAGCCAAAGCCUAAACCAAAAAAUAAGCCGAAACCUAAGGUUAAGAUUGAGAAAGAAGCACCAAUCCCCCUACGCCGUUCAAGAAGAAUAGCAGGUGUCAAAGCUGAAGACACGGAGGCAAAUAAAGAACUGGAUAAAUUGGACGAGGAAAAACUUGAAAAAGAAAGGCUGAAGGCCUUGGAAUCAGUUCGACUAAGUGAUGAUUUGAAACUAACGGAAGUGAUCAGUGAUGUCUCUGUCCUUGACAAGCUAGGGAAGUCAUUCUCUAUGGGCGACUUUUUUGAUGAAAUUAAGACCAAACCAUUGGCUAAUAAGACAAUCCAGCAAGCAAGAGAAGACAUGGAAAAAUUAUCCCUUUAUGAAAGCUUCCACCCCAAUCAUAUCCUGUUAACUACAUCGCGUAUGACGACAAUUGAGUUUCACCCAUCAAACAAAAGAAAAGUCGUCUUUGGAGGUGAUACUAAUGGUAUGUUGGGUAUCUGGGCGGUAGACGACGACGGGGACGAUGAACCGGCUAUAACAAGAUUCAAUCCACACAGAAAGAAUAUUGCAAGAAUUGCAGUUAGACCCGAGGCAUUAGAGGAAGUGGUGAGCUGUUCCUAUGACGGCUCCAUUAGAACGAUGGAUUUGACCAAAAAUAUUUCAAAAGUUAUUGUUGAAUUUGACGAUCAAUGGGGAGAUGCGUCUGGAAUAUCGGACUUUAAAUUUAUAGAUAAAAAUGUUGGCUAUUUGACAACGUUAAAUGGUGAAUUUGCAAAGUUUGAUUUGAGAGAGGAUACCAUCAGAAGAGAGUCGUGUGAUGUUUACAGGCUACACGACAAGAAAAUUGGUUACUUUUCCGCAUGUCCAACAGAUUCAAACUUGGUUGCAUCAGCUAGCUUGGACCGGACGAUGAGGAUAUGGGAUUUGAGGAUGAUCAGAAGGCAGGUUUGGUCUGAUUAUGAAGAUGCCAAAGGGCCACAGUGUAUUGCCGCUUACAGAAGUCGGCUAAGUGUGAGCUGCACAGAUUGGAAUAAAAGCGGAGAUAUUGUAUGUAAUGGAUACGACGAUAGCAUUCGUAUCUUCCAGAUGGACAAAGGAGAGGGUAUUUUAAGCUACUCCAAAACGCUAGUGAAACCGGAGGAGGGUGAUGUCGCUGAAAAUCUAAACCCGGACGUUACAAUCAAACACAACUGCCAGUCUGGUCGAUGGGUGUCGAUUUUGAAGUCCAGAUGGCAAGAGGACCCUAUGGAUGGCGUUGAAAAGUUUGUAAUAGCCAACAUGAAGAAAUACUUUGACAUUUAUAGCCGAGAUGGUACAAUGUUAGCACAUAUUGGUGAUGAAAACAUGACAUCGGUUCCAGCCGUGUGUACGUUUCAUCCUACGGAGAAUUGGGUUGUUGGCGGUAACUCCUCAGGUAAAACGUUUUUGCUAACCUGA